UUUUCACCGCCUGUGCACAUAGAAGGUGCCAAUUACCCACUACCCAUGGUCGUGUUUCGCCUUUUUGAUUAUGCUGAUUGUCCAGAGGAUGGUACCGUUCUGCCUGGUGCUCAUUCCAUCGAACGGUUCCUGAUUGAAGAGGAGCUUAACUUGAUAGUUGCAUUCAACGCUGCUGACCGAAGAAUAUGUUUGAUUUGCUAUGUUCUCAGUGCUGAAGAACUUACGAACUAUGCACGUGGAGCAAACGUUCCCAUCGCGUACAUGAUACUCGAAGUCCUCUUCUCGCAGCUGUUUCGUCUUCCACAUCCACCUCAGCCUACUGGUUUUUAUGAACUCGUCCAAAUUUACAUGUUAUUUGCAGGGCCUCUACUUUUGGAUCUCUGUAGGCUGCAGCCGUCUACCAUGCCUCAAGUCUUAGCACAGGCAUCAGAGUUGUUAUAUCAGCGUGCCGGUACAAUGCAGCCGUUGUGUCUCGAUAGGUAUAUUCUAAUUUGUGGAUUGGUUCAGUUUUCAUCUGUCCAAUUUUGGUUUCCGUUGGUCAUGGGAUGA